GAAAAUUUGUAAAUCAUGGUGAAGUCACUAGAUGAAGAAGAAGAUGUACAUCUAGUGAUUUUAGUGUGGGCAACAUUUUGUCGACGAUGCCGUGUUUUUGUCGAAGAACUGUCCUCGUAUAAAAUGGUUAAGGCUAAGAAGAAGAAGAACCUGUCCGAUUUCGCGCAGCAGAAGCGGGCUCAAAAGGAUGUAAAACAAUUAAAUCCGUUUGAAGUGCAGAUUAAUCGGGACAAGCAGAAUGUCCUGGGUCGAAGGAAGAAUAAUGAUCGCGGUCUUCCAGGAGUAUCGAGGGCGAAAGCCAUCAACAAGCGCAAGCAAACUCUUCUUCAAGAGUACAAGUUAAAGAACAAAGACAACGUCUUCCUGGACAAACGCAUAGGCGAGAGGGAUUCCACCAUGAGCGUGGAUGACAAGGCGAUGGCGAGAUUUACCAUGGAACGCAUGAAGAUGCAUAAGAAGAAGAGCAUCUUUAACUUGAACGACGACGAGGUGUUGACCCAUAGGGGUCAGACCCUCGAGGAGAUCGAGAAGUUCGAUGAUCCUAAGAGCGACGACGAUUUCAGCGAUGAUGAAAACACUAGCGGGAAGCUGGAUAGACACUUUGUGGAGGAAGCUCACUUUGGCGGAGGAGUUUUGUCGAAACCAGACUCUGCUUUAUCCAGAAAGGAUUUGAUUGAUCAGCUGAUUGCGGAAUCGAAGAAACGAAAGGCGGAGAAGCAGAAGAUACGCGAGCAAACGAUAGAUCUGACAGAGAAACUUGAUUCUGAAUGGAAGGAUCUCCUGCCUAUUAUGUCUGCUUCCAAGAAGUUGAUGGAAGAUGCUACAGAGACGAAAGAUGCGAAAGCUGAUGCUUAUGAUAUUGCCGUGAGACAAUUGAUCUUUGAAGCUAGGGGUAAUCCGACAGAAAAAUUAAAAUCCGAGGAAGAAAUUGUUCAAGAAGAGAAGGAAAGAUUGGAAGCACUUGAGGCUGACCGAGUGGCAAGAAUGAAAGGAUUUGUAUCGGAUACUAAUAAUCAAUUUAAGCAUAAAUCUGCUGAUGAUCUUGAUGAUGGUUUUAUGCUAGAAACUGUUGUUGAUGAUAAUGAUGAUAAUAAUGAUGAUAAGAAUUCAGUGGAUAAUGAUGAUGAUAAUUGGGAUAAUGAUGCUAAUGACAGCAAUGAAGAGGAUAGUGACAAUAACGAAGCUAAUGACGAUGAUAUUAAUGAUGAACAGACAAGUAUUAAAUCAGAGAGCAUUGCAGAAAAAAAAAUAAACACAAGGAAAGAUAAUAGUGAGGAUCAGGAAAGCAUAUGUUCAGAAUCGUCUAAAGUUGAAAUUGAAUCUGAAAUAGAUGUAGAUAACAAAAAUUUAAAAAUUGGAAAUGAAUUAGAUGAGGAAGAAUCUGAAGAUAGCUUAUUAGAUUUAAAAGUAUCUGAUUCAUCUAGCGAAGAUGAAGAAAAUAAAACUAUUAAAAAACAUGUAAAAUUUGCUGAUAAUCUGACCAAAGGUAAAACACAUAUGAAUCAAUUGGACAGUCCCAAAUCAAUAUUGAAACAGAACAAUAGCAGUACAGAUGUACAAAAUUUAUCUGAUAAAGAUAGAAAAAAGGAGAUAAGAAAUGAUCUUUUGAAACGAAAAGAAAUCAUGGAGAAGGCGCGAAAAGAAUUGCCUUACACAUAUAAUGCACCAGAGAGCUUUGAAGAAUUAGAAAAAUUAUUAAAGCAUCAUAAUGCAGAUUAUCAAUCAGUUAUUGUAGAUCGUAUUAUAAAAUGUAAUCAUUGGACAUUAAAUGGUAAAAACAAAGAGAAAAUGUUAAAUCUAUUUGCAUAUUUGUUACAACAUAUAAAUAAUUGCGCUUCUGCAAUGAAGAAUGCUGAUGAUCUAGUUAAAUGCUUUCAAAUCUUUGACAGAUUGUGCCCUUACCUUUAUGAUCUAGCACAUUUAAGUCCAGAAAAUACCAAAACUUAUGUAAAAGAAGUGCUUGAGGAGAAGUAUGAAAAAUUUGCAAAAAAUAAAAAAAGAUAUCCUGGUGUGGAUACGCUUAUAUUGUUUAAAUUAGUGUCUUUGCUGUUUCCGACAUCGGACUUCAGACAUCCUAUUGUGACUCCUUGUUUAGUAUUUAUGUCAGAAAUACUACUGAGAGCUCAUAUUAAAAAAUAUCGAAGUGAUAUUUCAAAAGGUCUUUUUAUAAGCACACUUAUUUUAGAGUAUACAGUAUUAAGCAAACGAUUUGCACCCUCGGUGAUCAAUUUUUUACGAGGGAUUAUAUACACAGCGACAGAGUCGACAGAAAAAAUGAAGAUUAUACCACCAUUUAAAGCAGUCUGUAAAGUUCUAGUGAUCGAUAACAUUGAAAUCACAAUUGAUCCAAAUGGCGCAAAUAUGUUUGCGAGUGAUUUAGUCUAUGAUGAAUUAGAUGAUGAAUUUAGAAUAAAAGCUUUAUUGACUGCAAUAAAUCUAGUUAUAGAAUUUAAAAAUCAGCUUCAAGAAUUAGAAGCGGCAUAUUCAAUAUUUGAGCCUAUCUAUAAAUUAUUAAAGAUAAAUAAAUUCAAGAAAUAUCCACAAAACGUAAGAAGCCACAUAAAACAACUACGGAAGGAUCUCAAACUUUUACAAAGCAAGAAAUUGAAUUAUAUCGUAUUCGAGAAGAAAAGGCCGAAACCUUUAAGGACAUACGAACCAAAAAUAAUGACAGUAUAUGAUGGAAAGCACCAUAGACCGAUGUCAAAAGAAAAAGCAGAAAGAGAGAAAUUGUUACACAAGUACAAGAGAGAAUUUAAAGGCGCUGUUCGCGAGAUAAGGAGAGAUCGAGAAUUUUUAUCUAAAGUACAAAUUGCGCAACAGAUUAUGAGCGAUGCUGAACGCAAACGCAAAGUAAACGAAAUUUUCAGCGAGGCUGCGACGCAGCAACAUGAAUUUAAAAAGAUGAAAAAGAAAAAAUAAAAUGAGAAAAUGUAUGUACGAAAACAUAAAAGAUUAAAGUUUUUAUAUACACAUUUUUUACACGUGUAUAUAUGUACUAUAUUGAGCGAUGUAAUGCAAUAAAUAUUAUGUACAUAAACAACGUAAUAUGAAUACAUAAAAAGACAAUUUUUAAUUAA